GAGUGAAUGUCACCAGGAAAGAAAUGGCGGAUCAGAACCCUCACUUGGAAAAGCCUCACUGGGUUACCAUGGAUACUGAUCUAGAUAGGGUUGUGGCAGGAGGACCAGGGGAAGUCACAGGAGAAGAGAGGAUACCCUGGAAAACUCCCACUCCAGUUGGCAACUCUGGAAAAAUCUGAGACAUUCUCCGUUUGGAGAACAACACAUUUUGGCCUGCUUUUCCUCUGUCAUGGUGAUAUGGCUGCCUGAUAAUUUAUCUAACUGGUGAGGAUCUGGAUGAAUUGCUGCCAGAAAACCCAUAAGAAACUUUACCUACAGGCUGGUGAGUGACUCCCCCAUCUCCCAAGAAGGAAAUUAAUAGUGAAAAGUCAAACAAAGAAAAUCGUAGCUGAAAGAAAUAAAAGUUUUCACAAAAAUACUUCCAGAGGUUCUGAGAAUCGCCUUGAGCAGAAGGCAAUUAUUACAGUGGGGUGCAGUGGAGGAUUUGUCUGAUGGCUUUGUAUGUGGGAACCUCACUCGAUAUACAGCAGAGCCUUCUGGACUGAUGAUUGUGCCAAGUGUGAUGUGCUUUUGGGCUACUGGAACCUGAGGAUAUCACACGAAAUAGCAAGCUCAUCUGUCAUUGACUUGCCGGAACGUCUUUUGCAAUUGAGGAGGACUACUGUCCCCCAAAUUGUGGGACUCCCAUCAGGGACGAAUGUAGGCCUGCACAUGUAGCAACACAAGGAGGCCACAAGGAGAGGGUGGGUGGUUCCAUCAUCUCACCAUGGUGCUUCCACCCCCGGACAAGCGGCAUGUGUGUCUCACCACAAUUGUUAUCAUGACCAGCAUGGCAUUCAUGGAUGCUUAUCUGGUGGAGCAGAACCAAGGUCCCCGUAAGAUUGGCGUCUGCAUCAUCGUCCUGGUAGGAGACAUCUGCUUUCUGAUUGUGCUGCGCUAUGUGGCCGUCUGGGUGGGGGCUGAGGUGAAGACAGCCAAGCGUGGCUAUGCUAUGAUCCUUUGGUUCCUCUACAUCUUUGUGCUGGAAAUCAAACUAUAUUUUAUAUUCCAGAACUACAAGGCUGAUAAGAGAAACCUGGAGACGGUGGCCAGGAAGGCGUUGACCUUGCUUCUCUCCAUCUGCGUCCCAGGACUGUACCUGGUGCUCGUGGCCUUGGACAGCAUGGAAUACAUACGUACGUUCCGGAAGAAAGAGGAUUUGCGAGGGCGUCUCUUCUGGGUGGCCUUAGACCUACUUGAUAUCUUAGACAUUCAAGCCAAUCUGUGGGAGCCACACAAGACUGGGCUGCCGAUCUGGGCAGAAGGGCUCAUGUUCUUCUACUGCUACAUUCUGCUCCUGAUUCUUCCUUGUGUUUCCCUCAGUGAGAUUAGCAUGCAAGGGGAGCACAUUGCUCCCCAGAAAAUGAUGCUCUAUCCUGUCCUGAGUCUGGUGACCAUCAACAUUGUCACCAUCUUCAUCCGGGCCAUUAACAUGGUCUUGUUCCAAGACAGCAGAGUCUCCACUAUCUUUAUUGGCAAGAACAUCAUUGCCAUUGCUACCAAGGCCUGCACUUUCCUUGAGUACAAGAAGCAAGUGAAGGAAUUCCCACAAAACGCCAUGGCGCUUGAGCUGCAGCAGAACUCAGUGCCCCACAACCAGGCCAUCCACAGUACACAAGGCAUUUCUCACGAGCAGUCCCCCACCAGGGAGAUUGUGGACACAUGACGGGGCUCCUCAGACAGACAUCAGCAC